GCUGGCCAUAAAACAUUGCCAGGAUGUCCUUUGUGAAUGGUAGUUAUGGUGUAUGUAUUGGGAUUAUGGAACAAUUCUGAAGUUGGAAAAAGGCAGGUUCUUGACCUCUGAAGAUUUUGAGAGCAAUCAUUAAAGCAGCUUAAUAGAAUGACUUCCUGUUAUGUUGUUCAUGAGGCUCCUGUUCGAAGAGUUGCUAUCUUUGGAGGGACUCAUGGCAAUGAGUUAUCAGGGGUAUUUUUGGUCAAGCAUUGGGAAGAGAAUGGAGCUGAGAUUCAAAGAACAGGGCUGGAAGUGAGACCAUUUAUUACUAACCCAAGAGCUGUGAAGAAAUGUACUAGAUAUAUUGACUGUGACCUGAACCGAGUUUUUGAUCCUGAUAAUCUUAGCAGGAAAAUGAUAGAAGAUAUUCCAUAUGAAGUGAGAAGGGCUCAGGAAAUCAAUCAUGUAUUUGGUCCAAAAGAUAGUGAUGAUGCCUAUGACCUUAUUUUUGACCUUCACAACACAACUUCUAACAUGGGUGGCACUCUUAUUCUUGAAAACUCCAGGAAUAACUUUACAAUCCAGAUGUUUCAUUAUAUUAAGAAUGCUUUGGCCCCAGAAUGCUGUCCCGUUUUCCUGAUUGAACAUCCUAACUUGAAAUAUGCAACAACUCGAUCUAUAGCAAAGCACCCUGUUGGUGUGGAAGUUGGGCCUCAGCCCCAAGGAGUUCUUAGAGCUGAUAUUUUGGACAAAAUGAGAAAGAUUAUCAAACAUGGCCUUGAUUUUGUGCACAUUUUUAAUGAAGGAAAGGAAUUUCCACCAUGUACAAUUGAAAUUUACAAAAUAAUGGAAAAAGUAGAUUAUCCCAGGAAUAAAAAUGGUGAAAUUACUGCUGUUAUUCACCCUAGCCUGCAGGAUCAAGACUGGCAGCCACUGAACAAUGGGGAUCCUAUAUUUUUAACUAUUGAUGGAGAGACCAUUUAUUAUGAAGGGGAUUCUACAGUAUACCCAACAUUUGUGAACGAGGCUGCAUAUUAUGAAAAGAAACAAGCUUUUGUAAAAACAGUCAAAGUAAAACUUACUGCAAAAGGUAUCAGAUCCUCUUUGUUUUAGAACUAGGACAUUUGUAAAAGAUUAUGAAACUUUUUUAGACAUAGGGCCAAAUUCAUUGCUGAUUUCUACUCCAUAUAAUCCAGGUGAAGUCAGUGGGGAUUUAUGGAGCAUAAGUCAAUGCAGAAAUUAACCCUUAAUUUAAAAUGGUGUAUUAAUUAAUUUUGCUAAGCACUUUGAAAAUGAGAAGCACUUUUGAAAUGCAAAGUAUUAUUUUUAGUCAUGUUCAAUAGUUUAUUGCAGAUAUUAAAAAUAAAUAUUACUAGUUUAUAUAGCUAAUUAUUUAAUGCAUUCUGCAAAAUUGUGUCUAUAUAGUAUGCCAAAUUAUUCAUGAGUGUGUUAUAAACUUUUAUCUAAAGAUUUUUCUACAUUCAAAUUUUAAAUCUUUCCCAAAUGUUAUUCAGAAUUGUGCAACCUGAAAUCUAUAUUACUGAAAAAACACACACUGUGUUAGGAAAUGUUUUCAGUUUGAGUAAGAAAAAGUUACUCUGAAUAAAAUAAAAUGGAAACCAGGUAUACUUAAAGUAUUAUCUAGUUAAUGUUAAAAACAAAUAAAUCAAAAAUUGAUUUUGUUGAGUUA